CUGCACCCGGGCCGGCCGCCUGCCCGCCGUCUCCUCCUCGUCCUCGUCCUCGUCCUCGUCCCGGUCGUCCGUGCGCCCCAGCCUCGCCCGCGCGCCGCCACCAUGAGCCAGGCCUACUCGUCCAGCCAGCGCGUGUCCUCCUACCGCCGCACGUUCGGCGGCGCGCCGGGCUUCUCGCCGCUCGGCUCGCCCGUGUUCCCGCGCGCGGGCUUCGGCUCCAAGGGCUCCUCGAGCUCGGUGACGUCGCGCGUGUACCAGGUGUCGCGCACGUCGGGCGGCGGCGGCGGCCUGGGCUCGCUGCGGGCCGGGGGCCGGCUGGGCGCGGGCCGGGGGCCGGCGGCGGCGUCGUCGUACGGCGCCGGCGAGCUGCUGGACUUCUCGCUGGCCGACGCCGUGAACCAGGAGUUCCUGGCCACGCGCACCAACGAGAAGGUGGAGCUGCAGGAGCUCAACGACCGCUUCGCCAGCUACAUCGAGAAGGUGCGCUUCCUGGAGCAGCAGAACGCCGCGCUCGCCGCCGAGGUCAACCGGCUCAAGGGCCGCGAGCCCACGCGCGUCGCCGAGCUCUACGAGGAGGAGAUGCGCCAGCUGCGGCGCCAGGUGGAGGUGCUCACCAACCAGCGCGCCCGCGUGGACGUCGAGCGCGACAACCUGAUCGACGACCUGCAGCGACUCAAGGCCAAGCUGCAAGAAGAAAUUCAGCUAAGAGAAGAAGCAGAGAACAACUUGGCAGCCUUCCGAGCGGAUGUAGAUGCAGCCACUCUAGCUCGCAUUGACCUGGAGCGCAGAAUCGAGUCUCUCAAUGAGGAAAUCGCAUUCCUUAAGAAAGUGCACGAGGAGGAGAUCCGUGAGCUGCAGGCCCAGCUUCAGGAACAGCAGGUCCAGGUGGAGAUGGACAUGUCCAAACCGGACCUCACGGCUGCCCUCAGGGACAUCCGGGCUCAGUACGAGACCAUCGCGGCUAAGAACAUUUCUGAAGCUGAGGAGUGGUACAAGUCCAAGGUGUCUGACUUGACCCAGGCCGCCAACAAGAACAACGAUGCCCUGCGCCAGGCCAAGCAGGAGAUGAUGGAGUACCGACACCAGAUCCAGUCCUACACCUGUGAGAUCGAUGCCCUCAAGGGCACUAACGACUCCCUGAUGAGGCAGAUGCGGGAGCUGGAGGACCGCUUCGCCAACGAGGCCAGCGGCUACCAGGACAGCAUUGCGCGCCUGGAGGAGGAGAUCCGGCACCUCAAGGAUGAGAUGGCCCGCCACCUGCGCGAGUACCAGGACCUGCUUAACGUGAAGAUGGCCCUGGAUGUGGAGAUUGCCACCUACAGGAAGUUGCUGGAGGGCGAAGAGAGCAGGAUCAAUCUCCCUAUCCAGACUUUCUCUGCACUCAACUUCCGAGAAACCAGCCCUGAGCAAAGGGGCUCUUCCGAGGUCCACACCAAGAAGACGGUGAUGAUCAAGACCAUUGAGACCCGCGAUGGGGAGGUCGUCAGUGAGGCCACACAGCAGCAGCAUGAGGUGCUCUAAAGGCGGACACCGUCCCGGCCCCAUCUUCACUGCCUCCCGAAGCCAGCCUCUUCCAUCCUGGGACAUCACACUCAACCACCUUCCCCCCUUCACAGCCUCUGACCCCUCUUCACUGGCCACCUCUUGUGGGCCCUACCCUGCCCAGCCCCUGGCAGCAGCCCAGCCACUUCUGCAGACCCCACCAUGAGUUCUGGUUGUUGGCAGUGGGUGAGCCUGGCUCUUGUGCUAGAUGGAGCCCAGCCCAAGUCAUGACCUUGCCCCUCCUAAUUCUGUCACCUCAGGCUCCAGCCUCUGGCUUUGGAGAGGGUCGCAGAGUAGGGUGUUGGGAUCUGCAGGGACAGGGGCAGAGUCCCUGGGCCUCCACACCCCCAUAAUCCUCUCCCCAGCCUGGGUCAGAGAUAGAGAGGGAACCCUCCUUGGCAAGCAGGGAUGAAGACUGAGGGGCUGGAAGCUGUCUCCGUGGUCCUUCCCUUUAUCUUCCCCAUCCCAGGGUGGGCUCAGAAAGCAGGGACUGUACGAGGGAACCCCGAAGGUGCUAGAUGUGGGAGCAAGAGAUAGAGAAGGAGAGAAGGUGGGUGAGAUGCUGGACGGACGGGAAGAGAAGAGAGGCAGACAGUGGGCACAGGCUGGCAGGAAGGCGCCACCUCCCACGCCUGCCCCUCCCACUGCAGGGGCCCUGGACUGAAGCAAUAAAGAACACACAAGCCUA